AUGGCUACAGAGCCGGCAAACCAAGGUCUCUUUGCCAACGCCGCCGACCGCCUGGACGCAUAUCUCACUUUGAGGCAUCCCUGGCGUGAACCGGCCAAGCUCUAUAUUUCGAGCCUGUGGUCCAACUUAGUAUCUGGUAACUUCGGUGCCCUCGGCUCAGUCGGCGAUGAGACAUUUGCCAAGUGGUGGCUCGGAACGAGUCACAAUUUCCUUCGCUACGAAGAGUCCGUCGGGGUACCGGCGCUGGUUGGCAGUGCGCACGGCGUGGUGCUUGACCUCGGGCCCGGCUCGGGCAACCAGCUGUCUCGUCUGGACACGAGUCGGCUCACGCACGUGUAUGGGAUCGAGCCAAACGCCGCCCUCGUGCCCGCCCUCGCAAGCAAGAUUCAAGAGCUGCACCUUGACAAGCUAUACACACCUGUUGUAGCUCGUAUCGAGGACGCCGAGGAGCAGCUUGCCAAACUUGGUGUUGAGCCAGGCACCGUGGAUUGCAUCCUGAGCAUGCAAGUGCUGUGCUCCAUCCCGGAUCUGGAGGGCGUGAUUCGAGAGCUUCACCGUUUCUUGAAGCCGGGAGGGGAAUUAAUCUUUUGGGAGCAUCAGCAAAACGAGGUAGAUUGGAUCACUCGCGCUGUCCAAGAAAGGCUCUUCUCGCAGCCGCUGAUUGGGACGUAA